AUGGCCGCCUUGGAGUGCGCCAGACUGGAGGAGGGCGUCUUGCCAACUACCCUCGACAAGCUCACUAUUCGAACAGAAGAUGACGGCAACUUCACAUUAACUGCAUUGCCUGAGACUGGCUCUGUCAACACAAUCGUUGAAUCCGUCCUCGGUCACUCCGUUGAGCUCCACCGUCUUCAGGCAUCCGGAGCAGAAGGCCAAUCCGGCUGUUUCAUCUACUUUGUUCGGAACAGUAGCAACCCAGAAAAGACUGUCGCCGUCACAAAGGUAUAUCCACCAGCAUGUCUUAAAGACUUUUUCGAAGAACUCGUUGCAUACCGGAGGUUGCUAUCUCUUUCCGAUCCACCUUCUGCUGCUCGGCCCCUUGGAGUGGGGAGGACGCGCGAUGAGAGCACUGCAGAGCCUAUGGGGGUGAUUGUCUACCAGCUUGCAGAAGGUCGGGCAAUCAACACAAUCAUCCGUGACAUUGGUCGGAUCUCCAUUCUCCGAUUGAUCGCAAAGCAACCUUGUCUCGACGAAACAAGAGAACUGAUGAAUGAUAUUAUUCGCGGCGCGCUCCAUGGGAUCCCAAUCAAUCAUAAAUCAAACCAAGCCCCAUCACAGGAUAUCCCCACCGCUGAGAUUUUGGGCUAUCAAUUUAAUGGAUUGAUGACCGACUUGAUUUCCGCCGUCCAAGGAGUGGCAUUGACACUGGCCAAGCUGCACCGGGAAAAAGCCGAAUGGAGCAGCGCCAGCGAAUCUGUCGCCGACAAGGUGCGUAGCAAGUUGCAAGGUUGGGUUGAAGAGAUCCAGGGCCCAUCCCGAGGGCGGUAUGAACGCGCUAUUGGAUCAAAUAAAAUACAACAACUGGCCUCGUUGGUCGAUCGAGCGAUUGAUUACUCGCGGGAAGAAGGUGUGGCGUCACUACUGCAUGGCGAUGCCUCGCCGGGAAAUUUCUUCUGGGACCCCAUCCAAGGAAUCACCAUGAUCGACUACGGGGGACUGGCUCGCUCGAUGGAUGCGAACGGCCGACCUAUUGGGCCGGCAGAAAUGGAUGCAGCUGGGUUUCACGAACGCCUGCGGAAGUAUGCCGGGGAUUUCGGAAUGAGUGAAGCUGAUAUUGGCCAUGUUCAGGCGGAGUUCUGGAAAGCGUACCAGGCGAAUGGUAUCCCUAUCAACGAAGGGCUUGUCCGGUUGUUCAAAACACGCACGCAACUAUCUCGACUAUGGUCUGCUGUGGACAAGCAAGGUACAUCGCGCGACGAACAUAAGGCUGUGCAACUCAGCGAAAAGAUCAAAUUUGAAUGGGAACGUCUUGUCAGUAUCUCGCCGGAAAGGAUCCAACCAUGGAGAGUGCUCGUUGUUGCCAAUGCCAGCGGGCCAGGUAAAGGAGGCCUGCCUCUGUUAAACCAAGAGCUAGUCAAAGCCAUGUCGGAAAUUCCCAAUGCAUCAGUCACACUGUUUAUGGUGCAGCCUGAGAAUGAAGUCAAAACGGCAUCAUCGGGCCAUGGUCGGGCUAAAGUGGUCUGCAUUCCCUCUAGAGGAGACGAUCCAAGUGCCUUGCUCUACCAUGUAGCGAAGGUACACCAGCCAGGAGAUUAUAGUUUACCAAUUCCAGACAACCAGCAUGCAUCCCCAUUCAACCUCAUCAUUGGCCACUCACGAUACUCUAGCACCGCAGCUUCCUUGAUCCGCGAAAGAUGGUAUCCCACAGCCAAGCUCGCGCUCAUCACACACACUAGUGCGCUGCGUAAGUCCGAUUAUGCGUGGAAAUGGUACGGACAAACACGAGAGCUAGGCUAUGUUGAAGCCACUCGGUUGGCAAUGCUCGAUGAGAGGAUUCUCCCUAAAGCAGAUUUGGCAGUUGGAGUUGGGCCUGUACUAACAACUGAAGCACGUGAACGAGAGUGGAUGGGCCAAUGCAAUCGGCCACGAGCCAACAUGAUGGGUCCUCGCUUCCAUGAACUAGUUCCAGGCGUGCGCAUGGGUGAUGCUUGCACGCAGCAGCGACAGCAGCGACAGCCGAGCGACCUCUUUCGGGUCCUCCUCGCUGGUCGAGCAGACGAUCCUGCCAAAGGUUUAGAUGACGCCGUGUACGCUGUGCGUAAGAUCGCACUCUCUGGCAACGAUAUCUCUCUGGAUGUACUGGGACUUCCAGCAGAAGACGUGGAGCGCUGGCAGCAGGCCGUCGACGAUAUGACAGGCAUGUCAGAUCUUGUCAGGUUGCACCCUUUCUCUGAUGAUCCUAACGCUGUCUCACGGUUCUACUGUAACGCGGACCUGGUGAUUAUGCCAUCAAUGCACGAGGGAUUCGGGAUGAUCUUUACCGAAGUGGCCGGGCUGGGUGUUCCCAUCCUAGUAACGCAGGAAAGCGGUGCGGGCCAGCUUGCGCUUGAUGGCAGUCGCAUUCCGCCACAAAUUGGUCAGGCCUGUGUGGUGAUGGAUGAGAGCACAUAUGGAAUUGUGCCUUCACCGACAAGCCAGCGCGUAGCUGUUUGGGCUUAUCGAAUCGACCAGAUGAGAUGCUACCCGGAGCAAACGAGACGACACGCUCGCUCUCUACAGCGAAUCAUGCGGGGUUAUUCGUGGAAACACGCGGCCAAGGCUCUGCUUCGCUCCGCGAUGGAGGGCGAGGGAGAUACAGUGCAGAUGGCUCAUGGCAGUGUUGCGCCGGCAUAUUCAUCAUGUCCUCGUCCAUCACUUGGGAUGAGCGUAGUAUCGUCAAUGCGUCGAGCCGCACGGACACGAAAUCGCAGUGGAAAGCCGAACUUGAAACAGACCGAAGAUGUCAUGGAAAAUCUUCAAGAGAUAUCUCCAACUAUUUCGGCACUAGAAGAGCAUGUCUCUUCUGCCGUGGGAUCUCCUGUCAACUUACGGAGUCUAGAUCCCACUCACCCUGCUGGUUUUUCUGGUGCUAUCAUUUUCUUUGCCCAUGCCAACGAUGAAUUUGCUAACGAAGAAUCAUCGCUGGCAUCCAAUGACUCAUCCAAAGGUCGUGUGGUUGCUGUAAUUAAACUGUUCGUCCACGGCUUGGACAACGGGAUCACGGAGGAGUUGUCGAGCCUUGAAUGGCUUCUCCUGCAGACCAAGGGUGACAUCAAGACUGCCGCCCCGUUGGCCGUUGGGCGGAUGACGUGGGAUACCAAACCAGCUGGAGUGGUCACGUAUCAAGUUGCACCCGGAGUAUCCCUUUACCAGCUCAUGAUGCAGAUGGGCCGCCUACCACCAGGACCUGUGAGAAGAGAGAUGCUAUCCGUCUUCACUGCCGGUGUACAAGCAGUCGCACGUACCUUGGCCAGAUUACACACUCAUAGCGUCGAAGGGCGACCAGGCACAGAGUAUCUCGAGUGGUAUUUUACCGCGGCAACGAAGCGAGUCCAGCAAGCAUUGGUGUACAAAGACAUUAUUCGUUCCGCGGGACUCGAAGCGGACCAGCUCCCCACGAAAAUGAAUCAACUUAUUACCGACUGCAAGCGUGAUCUUGCUAGUCGUCCGCGCACCACUGUCGCGCACGGGGAUGCCCAUCCUGGAAAUUUCUUCUAUGACCACGCGACGGGACAUGUCACUAUGAUCGACACGACGACGCUGCACUGUUCUCUGGACGAGAAUGGUGAGCCGGUUGGGGUACCAGAGCGAGAUCUAGGCCAUUUCGUGCAUAUGCUGCGACGGACAGGCGAGCAGUAUGGCCUUACUCGACAGGAGAUGCAAGAGAGCACAACCGAUUUUGUGGAGGCGUAUCUUGGAAAUGCAGCGGCACCAGCCAACCUGCAAAUUAUUCGGUUCUUGAUGUCAUGUUCAGCUCUGUCAUUCUUGAAUUAUGCGGCGCAGUCAGAUCAGACAAAGGUAAAUCUGCAGGUUAAAAUUUUGCAGGAUUUAUUUCGCCUUGGAGAGGGUUGGACACAAUUGGAUGGAAUGGGAGGAUUAUAA